GUUUGCAUCCCUAAUUGUAUAUAAGCGAAUCUAUAAGAGUACAUGUGGUGAAACACGCUUAUAGGAACGAGUACCCCUUCGAAAAGCGGACCAGUGUGACAAUCGACACACCAUGAACCUUCUCUAUAUUACACGUCCUCUGUUGUGACUUCGUAGCUGAGCGCGAAAAUAAAGAUACCCAGUGAGAACUUUGUCACAUUACAUUUUUCAAUAGUUCAUGAACAUUAUUCAGCCCUAUCACGCAAUUCAUCGUACACUGUUUUUUCGGAAAAGUUACGUAAUUGCUUUCAUGCAAUUCGAUUAUCUUAAAAAGUAAGUUCGAAAUUCGUAAAGUGACAUUCACAGAAUACAUUCGAAUCGUCAAAUUCGGAAGUUUUUUUAAAUUAUUCUACGACGCGUUUUUGCUAACGGAAAAAUUUAAGAAUAUACUAAAAAAGAAGAAAUAAAGCAAAAAAAAAAAGGUUCAAAUGUAAGUUUUUACUUUAUUUAAGUUAAUUGCAUUUGUUAAGGAUAAAAUAUAUUUCAAUUUGAUUUCCACAGGUCUAAAGUAAUAACCACGAAACAACAAUAUGCGCUUCUGCUUGAACUUUUGCAGCAAAAGCCCGAAAUGGCGCAGGGUUUUUCAAAGUGUCCUAAGGAAGUAGCAGCGGAAUUUUGGAGUAAAGUAGCCGAUGAACUCAACAGUGUAGGCCCCCCCACUAAAGACAUUUCAAGCUGGAAGAAGGUAUGGCUAGAUUGGAAGGCAUAUAUUAAAAGGAAAUUGGCCGAAAACAAAAAAGAACAGUCAGCUACUGGUGGCGGUCGAAAUAGACAGCACCAUUUCAGCGAAUUGGAAGAAGCUGUAAUCAAAUUAACGGCGUUAGAGACGAGUACUAACGGCAUACAAAACACAGUGAGUGUGGGUUUAUCAAUGGCAGUUGACACUGAUGAGGCCGAGGCCGAUAUAUCGCUGCCUUCGAUGAGUUGUAGCCCUGCACUGCCAAGACACAGUACUAAGCCACCAGAAACAAAUACAAUUGAUUUAGUAAAAGAACAACUUUUACUUCAAAAAGAUUUUCAAAAAAAGGUUUUUGAAAAGUUAGACGAUCUUUCUUCAGAUAUGCGCCGAUUAUGCGAACUAAAGAAAGCAGAAGUGGAAGAAAUCGGUAGGCAUAAUAGAGCAAUGGAAAAUUUAAUUGCUGCAAAAAAUUCUAUUAAGCAGCAAAUGUUGCAAGUAGAGCAACAAAGUUUGCAUUAUCAAAAAUAUUUAAAUAAAUAAAAAUUUAAUUAAACCUCCAAAAAUAUAUCGUGUUAAAUUUAUUUAGUAUAUUAUAUUCGUGUAAGUGUUCUACAUAUAGCCUGUCUUAUCUGUGAAGCUUCAUCAUUAUAAGUUGAUGAGAUGAUAUCAUCAUUUUCAGAAAAAUUAUUUGGUUCUGAAACAUUUUCUAAAGCUUCAUCAGGUACACGAAACUGGAUGCAAACAUUGUGCAACGCUGCCGCAACAUUAACGAUUUGAGAUGCCUUCCAUGGCUCGUAGCGAAGUUCACGAGCACUCAUAAGACAUCUAAAUCGAUUUUUAAAAACACCGAUUGUUCUUUCUACAAUAUUUCUCGCCUUUGCAUGUAUUUUAUUAUACUUCUCUUCCGGGCUUCCUGAGGAAGGUGUUCGAAAAGGUGUCAUUAACCAUGGUUCUAGGGCAUAUCCAGCAUCUCCUAAAAAUUGUAAUUUUGAAAGUUUGUAAAGAGUUAUGACAAUUUUUAUACAUAUGUAUAUAUGUAUGUAUGUAGGUAUAAUACCCAAAAGCCAAGUGUUUCGUUCCCCAUCCAGGUACUUUUUCUCAAAAAAAUAACGCGCACUGCUAACAUUCCAUAUAUGGGAGUCAUGAUUGCUCCCAGGAUACUGAGCGUUUACAUAACGUAUUUUCAUAUUAUUGUCGCAUAUCUGCAAAACAUUGAAUAAGAAGUUUGAAAUGUGAAUUUGCUACCUUACUUACAAUCAUGGCAUUGAUACUAAAGUAUCCUUUGCGGUUAUAAUAGAGAAACUUAUCUUUUGUUGGAGCAACGAUUUUAAUGUGUGUACCGUCUACACACAAAAUCGCACCUGGAAAUCCGUAUUUCUGAUAGAAAUCCCUCUUGGCUUGUCUUUUUUCAUCGCUACUUAAAUUAAGAUUUAUCCACUGAGGGCACAGAUGGGACUGAAGCGAUGCUAAUACAUCUUUUAAGACGCAAUAAAAUGUAGACUGAGCCAUUGGAAUAUCGAAGUCCUUGCCUACUCCAUGCUGGUAGCCUCCCUCAGCAAAAAAACGUAAAACUAAAGACAAACGAUGAAGUAAAGAUAUAGAUGAAGUCCUUGAAGAACUUGCAUUCCUCUCAAGAACGCCGAGGACAUAUGUAAAGGCCGCCUUAUUUAAGCGAAAAUUUUUAACAAACCUGUUUUGAGAAACUCCUUUUAAUAAAGUAUAACUAUUUUUAUAGAACCUGAGUAUGUACGUUGUUUCGCCUAACUCCAGAGGGUUGCUGAAGUCCCUAAGUGAUUUUCUUUGAAGUUUUAGAUCGCGGCGGGUUCUCUCUCGUUCUUCCUCCAUCAGCAAAAAUACAUACGUCAGCGAAUAAAUUUUUUGGUCAAAAAUUCAACUAUAUCAUAAAAGUUUUCAGUUUUCUUUAUCAAAAUAUACAUAAUUUUCUCAACCCAGCUGAUUUCGAAAUGUCAAAAUCCAAAAUUUAAGUAUGGUAACAAAGUUUCGAGUUCACAUGGAUUCAGUGAUGGCAAAUUAUUCGUAUUCGUAGCGAACAUUCGUAUU